AUUCAGCAAUUCAUAGCAGUUAUCUGAUUUCACAUCACUCAAAAUAUGCCAAUGUCUUAAAUACUUUUGUAUUUUACUACAUAGACUCUUAAUUGUACACAGCUCUAUGGUUUGGUCUUGUACCAGCCUCUAGGGGGCAACAGCUGCAUAGACGUUAACACAUCCAUUUGCUAGAAGAAGACAGACUUUGACGUCAACGCGUUUGAGCAUGCCUACUACGCUCGAACAUAAACAAAGGCAGGACGCAACGCUGGUACAAACUGUAUUCUCCUGUUAUUUUAUAUGCCAACAAUACCUAGAAAUUGGGGAGCGACUUAUUUUUGAAACAAUGGAAAACGCAUUAUUGAUGCGAGUGAGCGUGUUUACCGACCAAGGAGGGAGGAAAUACAUGGAAGAUGUGACCGAGAUCAUAGUAGAGCCCGAGCCGGGAGAAGAUGAGCCGACGUCGGGUGAGUCAGAGGAGAACAGUCGGGUAGACCAUACGCUCAACUCUCCGGCGGUGGUCACGCAUCCACACGAGACUGGCGAUACCGUGGGGUCCCCGCAAGUUUCGGAUGCAACCUUUGAACCUGAACGAACGGAACACCGAAGUACAUCACUAGAAACAUCUUCACCAGGAGGUCAGAGCCCACCGCAAGCUCAGCAGAGAACGGCCAGUCGUUCCCGCCGUUCCGUAGCGUUCUUCGCCGUAUUUGACGGUCACGGGGGUCGCGAGGCUGCGCAGUUUGCACGAGACUAUUUAUGGGAGUUUAUGAAGAAGCAGCGGGGGUUCUGGUCCGACUGUGACCGGGAGGUCUGCGCUGCUAUACGCAAAGGAUUUGUAGCCUGCCACCACGCUAUGUGGAAAAAGCUACCCGAGUGGCCAAAGACACUUACAGGCCUUCCUAGCACAUCAGGCACCACGGCCAGCGUAGUGGUCAUCAGAGGAAAUCGCAUGUAUGUGGCCCAUGUUGGGGAUUCUGCAGUGGUUCUAGGUAUCCAGGAUGACCCCUCAGUCCCAUUCAUCAGAGCUGUGGAAGUCACACAAGACCACAAACCUGAACUACCCAGAGAGAGGGAGCGUAUUGAAGGUCUGGGAGGAAGUGUGAUCAAGAAAUCUGGAGUGAACCGAGUUGUCUGGAAGAGGCCACGGCUGAGCCACAAUGGUCCAAUCCGUCGUAGCACAGUCAUUGACCAGAUACCAUUCUUGGCAGUAGCCCGAGCUCUAGGUGAUCUGUGGAGCUAUGACUUCUAUAGCGGGGAGUUUGUUGUCUCUCCUGAGCCAGACACCAGUGUGGUGACCCUUGAUCCCAGAAAACACCGCUACAUCAUCCUAGGCAGUGAUGGUCUGUGGAACAUGGUGCCACCUCAAGAGGCCAUCUCCAUGUGUCAGAACAAUGAUGAGGUGAUGGCACCAUGUGGGGUAUCAAGUGCCCGACAGCUCGUCAGCCAUGCUCUGCUGCGGUGGCGCCAGCGGAUGUUGCGUGCUGAUAACACCAGUGCCAUUGUAAUCGCCCUGCAGGAGCCUGGGACCUCUCAGGACACCCUGCACCAUGAAGAGGUGCUUCUGGAUCUAGCCAAGGUGUCCCAGUGUCCUCCCACCUCCAUAUCCCGUGCUGACACCCCUCUCCUUCAGCCUCCUGAGGAGGACUCUCCCUCUGCUACUUGUGAGCUCCUCCCUGCCCUGGAGCGAAGGGACGGACUAUCAGGAAGCAACAACCUGUACCACAUGGAUCUGUCUGACCCAUUUACUCUGACCCCACUGUGUCCAAACAGUAGUGCUGAGCUGCCCGGUCAGUCAAGUCCCACUGACAGGACAGCUGGCAGCAGGACACUCAACACCAAGAGAACUAUUGAUGGAUCCUCAUCACCAUCGUCAGGCCAUUCAGCUAAGAAAGCCCGGCGCAGGACCGUGGACAGGCCACCCCUGGCUCAACACAACGCAGAGAAGAAACAGAAGGAGUCCAGUAAUGUCUCACCUAUUCUCCAGCAGCAUAAUAAGACCACAGUGUGUGUGUACUGAAACACACACAAACUCAUCAGCCUGCUGCCUCCCACUGUCAUCCUUGCCUCCAGUGGCAUUCCUGUUCUCCUGCACAUUCUUGCAACUCAAACCAACCUUACUCUACAGGAUGUGGAAAGACUUGUCUUCUUGCUCAGCACCAGUACAAUACUCGUUUGAAAACUUAAGAGUGCUCAUUUUCACAAGACAUCUCAUGUCUUUGUUUUAAAAAUUCCUUCCUGAAAUGCUGAUUAAAUGUGUCUUACUUCACCUCUCUCUGGUUGUAAGAAGUAAGUAUAAUAAGACUAAUGAUGCUGGUGUAAAUAUUAUGCAUUUUAUAGUUGAGUAUUGAGAAGUAAGUCAAACUGUUCAUUUAAAACAAAUAUAUAUAUUUUUUAUACAUUAUUUUAUUGUAUAAUGAUAAACAUGAAAAUCCCUUUUAGAUGAGUGCCACCAUAGCUUUCAUCUCUGACUCCUCCUCACUCUUUCUGUAUACCAUUGUGUGCACACCCUGUGUUUAAGCAUAUUUCUGUAUUUUUAUUAUUAUCAACUUAUUUAAUCACUGGAGAUUUGUCUUGAAUAUGAAGGUGCUGCUACAGUCACAAACCAGUAAGCUACUAUAUUGUGUAUACUGAUAGAUAAAUAUAUGUAAUAUGUGUUGGUAGCAUGUUUUUUUUUCUUUGAGAGUACACAGUUGACCUAACCCACCUGCUCCCAUGAGGUUUCACAUAACAGAAGUUGUCUUUAGGUUUUAAUUGCACAAUGCAUCUUAAGGGAUAAAUCCACGCCCCAGUCAUCUUACAUUGUUGUAAUUUGUAAUGAAGAAUUACAGUUGUUUUUUUUGGUGACAACACUUCCUCAGAGCCUGCUCCAUACACUCAUAUAUCAGGUAGUGAUUUUCUGUGUUUCCAAAAAUGCCUUUCAACAGCUCUGUGCUGAAGCUUUUGCGGGAGUUGGCAUGUCUGUCUCUACAAUUAUGUGUUUUCCUCUGCAUUUGUUGAACAUCCAUGUGGCUCUAAAAUGAAGACUUCCUUUGGUUCAGAGGGACCGACAUAAAACCUGUUGUUUACAAUCAAUGUUUCUGAUUACUUUGUGCUGCCAGACUUCCACUGUGGCUGCACUGGAGGUAUCCACGAUGUCAUGUUGUCUGUUGACCAUACGUGUAUGGGAAUAAGAAUAAUGCUCCAUCACGCGCAUUUUGGACCCUACAGAGGGGAUUGUCAUGCAUCACCACCAUCCCGCCACCUUAUUUUAUCUUGUUUGCACCAAGAUAAUUGCUGUUGGUUAUGUUUCAGUGAGGCUGUGGGAGAGGUUUCUAUAGCACUCUCCUUACACAAGCCAUUGUCCCUCCACACUGCAGCUGCAGUUGUAUCUUUAGUGAUGUAUGCACAAGGCUCGCUUGUGAGUAAAUACACUCUGCAUGGACUUUCUAAGAGAAUAUUUUUGCACUAUUAUGGUAACUGUUACUGUCUUUGAAAAGGGAUUUUUUCCUUUGAAAAUGAUGAGAACUAGAUGACAUGAUUGGAGUCUAAAAUGAAAACACAGUUAAUGGAGAAUUUCACUACAAAUGAUUAGAUAUUUUAACUUCAACACAUAGAAGAGAAUUUUCAUUAAGCUGAGUAGAGUUUUCAGAACAUGGUUGUGUCCUCUCUUACCUCUGAUGAUUUUGUUACAUGACAGUGUAUGAUUCAACUGAUAAACAUUCACACAGAGAGGAUACUGACCAUUACACAGAUAAGACCAAUGUCUCAAUCUUCGUAAAAUCUUGUUACAUGAUGUAUUUUCAUUGAGCUAAGUGCAAUUUCUAACAGGAAUUUGUAGCAUUAUGAAUUGGUUCAAAAAUGUACAAUAUUGAUAUUGACAUUGAGGAAUGAUGUUAUUGUGUGACAUUUUCUCUAUCCAAAUACAGUCUUUUACUUUACAUGGGAUCCUUGUAUGAUUUUUAUUCACUAUUUUUGAGAAAUCUCAUAAAUCUUAGUCUGCUCAUUUACUCUGUUGAAUAAUGACAUACAUGAUUCUGAUGGCUGUGUGAACAGCAAAAAAACUGCAUGUGUACAGUGCAAAUGUGAAAAACACUUACCUGGAAAUAAACAUAUUUAAAUAACAACCUA